AUGGGCUUGAAUCGACCCAGCCCAGUUGACAACUCUGGUUCAGACCCAAGCUCAGUUGACAACUCUACAAAUCAUGAGAGCCCUUUUCUGGAUAAUUACGACACCGUUUUGGAGAAAGGCGAUCCUAAUUUCGAUUGGGUUCAGCCGGAGACUGAAUUCGAUCCGUUGACUCUGAAUUACACCUCCGGCACCACCUCGGCUCCCAAAGGCGUCGUCCACAGCCACCGCGGCACUUUCCUUGUGACGAUCGAUUCGUUGAUUUCGUGGUCGGUGCCGAAGGAGCCGGUUUAUUUAUGGACGCUGCCGAUGUUCCACGCCAACGGGUGGAGCUACACCUGGGGGAUGGCCGCGGCCGGCGGCACCAAUGUCUGCCUCCGGAAAUUCGACGCCGCCGCGAUCUACGCUGCGAUCCACACGUAUCACGUGACGCACAUGUGCGGCGCGCCGGUGGUGCUCAACUUGCUCACUAACGGCAAUCCGAAGCCGCUGGAGAAGCCGGUGGAGAUCAUGACCGCCGGAGCGCCGCCUCCGGCGGCUGUGCUCUUCCGGACGGAGUCGCUGGGGUUCGUCGUGAGCCACGGGUACGGCCUGACGGAGACCGGAGGGCUGGUGGUGUUCUGCACGUGGAAGAAAAAGUGGAACAUGUUUCCGGCGGUGGAGAGGGCGAAGCUGAAGGCGCGACAAGGCGUGAGAACUCCCGCGAUGGCAGAGAUCGACGUGAUCGAUGCUGAAACAGGGAAAAGCGUGGAGCGCGAUGGGAAAACUCUAGGUGAGGUGGUUCUCUGCGGCGGCUGCGUGAUGUUAGGCUAUUUGAAAGACGCGGAGGGGACCGCCAAGGCGUUGAAAGACGGGUGGUUUUUCACCGGCGAUGUCGGAGUGAUGCACCCCGACGGCUAUAUAGAGAUCAAGGACCGGUCCAAGGAUGUGAUCAUCAGUGGAGGGGAGAAUCUGAGCAGCGUGGAGGUGGAAUCGGUUUUGUACGGGCAUCCGGCGGUGAAUGAGGCGGCGGUGGUGGCGAGGCCGGAUGAAUUCUGGGGAGAGACGCCGUGUGCGUUCGUGAGCUUGAAGGAAGGGGUGAAGGAGAAACCGACGGAGAAAGAUGUGAUUGAGUAUUGCAGGGAGAGGAUGCCGCGGUAUAUGGUGCCUAAAACGGUGGUGUUCGAGGCGGAGCUGCCCAAAACCUCCACCGGAAAAAUACAAAAGUUUGUGCUCAGAGAGGCGGCGAAGGCGAUGGGAUCGGCAAACCUCAGCAAGCUCUAGUGAGUCAACGCUGACUUUUAGAGUAUACUGGUUUAAUAAUAUCGUACUUGAUUUGGUUGAUGCAUUUCUAUAUUUUGCAAUUUAUGUAAUUGUAACAUUUUCCGAAAUGUAUUGUGAUUUUCUGCGUUUUCA